UCUGCAGACGACAUUCAAGAGUUAUUAUAGUGCCAUUCGUUUUAUUGGGUGUCAAAACUCAACGAAACGUGUGCAGUGAGCAAACGAAGAAAAACAAACAUUACUUAUUAUAUUUGAAACAUCAACAUGCUUUACGGGAACAAAUUUCGUUUUCCAGACAAAAUAGACGAUAGGAUUUUUCCAACGGUUGAUCCAAAUGUUACAGUUGUAAGUUUCAUAGGAAAAACGAAUCUGGUAAACCAACUCCCCACAAAGAUUUCAUGCAUAAAUGAUUAUUUUAAGCACCCAAUCUUUCACAGCAGUAAAAUUAAUGAUGAGAGUUCAAUAGAGGGAUACUUUUGUUCAAAGAAAAAAAUCUUGUUUCUUUAUUGCUACAACAUCUAUGAUACAAACACCUUAGUAAUGCUUGAUAAACAUGAAGACACUUUGUUUGAGAAGGGAUUUCUUCACUAUUUCUCCAACUUGAGAGAUACCUCUACAAGACAUCUUUUAUUUCUUUUUCUUGUUUCCCAUAUCUGUGUUGUAACAAAUGCUAGUUCUAGUUUUGAUUUGAACUACAUCCAACUAUUUAAAACAUUGGACAGUGUUCGAACAAAAUUGCAGGGUAGUGUUGCUGAAGUGCUAAAAACUGUUCCUGGUUUACCUAAGGACUGGUUGACGCUUGGUAGACUUUGUUCUCCGCGUGUGCUCUUCUACUUUGAACAGAGACCACCAGUUCUGGAUGAAAAUUUGAAAUCCCUGCAACAUUUGAUGGAAGAUCAAAUAUAUCGGUUACUAAGAAAAUGCCGCGUGAUAACUAAUGUUUGCACCAAUUCCUUAUUUGCAAUUCCAAGCAAUCAAGAAUUUGUCUUUUUCAAACCAAAGCAGCAAGACAGAUUCACGUUUUUAUUGGAGUUGCUAAAUGAUACGUUCGAAAUCGGAAAUGAAAGCCCAAACGACUUUCGUGAAUUUCUGAGCCAACAUAUAACUUUGGCACAAACUGAAGGGUUUUCUGACAACGUGGGCAGGCAUGUUGGCCCGAGUAUUUUUGUGCUUCCUCCGGCAAGAGUGUGGUUUGACGCCGCCUUUAAGUUGUUUGACUUCUUCACCAAUAGUACAGCCAAUGGUUUAAAAGGUUUCCAGCUAUUGCGUUCCAUCUUGGAUGUUGAAGGACAAUUCAGCGAAGCUCGUUGUUUAAAAGUUCUUCCUUUGGCUCUAGCAGCAUACCAAGAGAACUUACCUUCACAUUAUAGCUCGCAAUAUCACGAAAACAAGAAAACGCAAGCUAAAGCGUUACUGUCUAGUCAUGGAAGAGGUCCAGCCGUGCAAAAGUUUCUUGGUCGUUUGGACACUGAGUGUGACCGGUUUUGGCGUAACGGACGGCGUAUGUGCGAAUUUCCCAGCAUCAUUGGUAAUCCUUGCAUUCAGCCUGUACACAGAGUACAUGCCGAAGAAAGCAGCGAUAGCAAGCUGCCUGUUCUUCCGCAUAUGAGUGGUGUACGGUAUGUCUCUGCAUGCUCGUGUGGAAGACGCCAGGCAAACAGAGAAGAUCCAUAUGAUGUCGAAUAUGCUAAUUCCGGUUUUUACCGCCUGAUUGAAGAGGAGUGUUGUGGCCGGCUUCGUCAUGUUACGUUUCCAAUAUUCAAACCCAGCAGCGACCAUUUUGAACCAGCCAACUUGAAAGGAGCCUCAAAAUCAAUGCACUUUGCGAGAGAUGUUGAAAAAUUGAUUACGGGAACUGAGGAUUUAAGUCUUGGACCUGACGAAAAUGAGUUUCCUGCCUUGUCGGUUGAUCAUCUUAGUCAAGUUGCUGCUGACGACCAUGAAGAAUCCCAGACUUCCUUGGGGAAAGGAGAAGCAGCAGAGGCCAUUGAUGAAGAUAAUCUUAUGGAAAUAGCGGGAACUCACGAACUGCCUGCCGUGUCAACGCGGGACUUUUCAACGACCGAAUAUCUUCCAUGCAUGCUUCACGUGAACUCACCAUCCGGAAUCUUGCCGCGUUACUCCUCUUGGAGCCUUGUUUGCCUAGGAUCGUCUAGCUUGUAUUCACACAAUGCAGGGUUGUCAGAUCAGCCAGGUUUUCUUGCUGGUUCCGGAUUUCUUUUGCCAUGGGACAUUCCCGUACGUUUACAUCAUAACGAAUCAAAUGGACUAGAUGGUAGGCGGACACACAACCUUGGGUAUUCUGGCAAAGGCAAACGUGUUAAGCAAGGACAACAUGAGUUUACUGUAAAAAUAUUUAUUGGAGUCGAAUACGAGUGUCCAAGAGGACAUCGUUUCAUGAGUUCCUCACCUGGUAGAAUUUUAAAGGCUACUGGCGCGGGGCUGGUGAAAGAUUCUGCCCAACUUAUUACACAGAACGAUGUUCCUCUUUAUCUACCUUGUCCCUGCCCCUAUAAUCGCGGUGGCAAAGCUUUGAUUGCUCAGCUUAUGCGCCUUCAUGUAGUGACCCCGAAAGCCGCUGUACACGUUACAGUAGAUCCUAAAGUUCGACCGGCACCACCACCAUGCCCCGAAUUUGUCACUGGAUUUACAGAGCCCAUUCAACUGUCACCAAGUAGUUAUUGGAUCCUGCGUUUUCCUUAUGUUUAUGAAGAUGAAAAUCAGAUUUACACACAUCCUAAAGAAAACGCACGCGCAGCUCAACACGGCUACCUUUUGAAGGGAACAUGUGGAGUUAUGGAAUUAGCGAAUGAGUGAAGAAUAUUAAAUUUUGCCAUUUCUUUGAUUGUUUAUUGGUUGGCCAUUACUACGUCGAAAUAGCCUAUAGGCUUUUGUAGAUUUACUCAUCUAAUCAUCAUCAAGAUCGCUCGUUUAAUUUCAAACCGAAAUAAUAUUUUUUCAUAACUAUAUUUAUGUUUUUUAAAAUGAAAAACAAUCUGGAAAAGUCGGGCUUAUCUUUAAGCAAUGGUUAGCUGUUUUUUUCUUUCGUAAGGGAACCUUAUUAACGCAACAACCUUUAUCUUCCGUUUUCUACUUAAAUUAAAAUAACUACAAAUCCCAGGCAAAAAUAAACCUGAUUUUCGUAA